UUUUUCUCUCCAAACUUAAACUUGGUGAAUAUAUUUAUAAAAAAAACAAUAAGGUGAAGAAAGGAGUGAUGAUGGAUGAAUAUAUGGAUUUUAGACCAGUGAAGUACACAGAGCACAAGACUGUUAUCAGAAAGUACACUAAAAAGUCUUGUGCUGACAAGACGGCGGCGAGUGGUGGUCGUCGUGACUCGGCCAGGUUGGUUCGGGUCUGUCUUAUUGACCGUGACGCCACUGAUUCCUCCAGCGACGACGAGGACUUUCUCUUCCCUAGGAGACGUGUCAAGAGACUCAUCAACGAGAUCAUAGUCGAGCCUGCCUCCUCCGACGUCUCCGCUUCUUCUCCCACCAAGGACCGCGAAAGGGUCACCGCUGAUCCUCCUCCGGUUCAAACCCAGAAGAAGUACCGCGGCGUAAGACAGCGACCUUGGGGAAAAUGGGCGGCGGAGAUUCGUGACCCGGAACAACGCCGGAGAAUCUGGCUCGGUACUUUUGCUACGGCCGAGGAAGCUGCCAUCGUCUACGACAACGCUGCUAUCAAACUUCGUGGCCCCGCUGCUCUAACCAACUUCGCCGUACCACCAGAACCACAACCGGAACCUGAACCGGAGAGCAACAUAUCGGUUUCGACAUCAGAAUCAAUGGACGACACUCAACAUAUAUCGUCUCCGACAUCGGUUCUCAACUACCAAACAUAUGUCUCCGAGGAGACAAUCAAUGAUCGUGUCAAACCGGUUAAGCAAGAGUUUCUUGAACCAGAACAAGAACCAAUAAGCUGGCAUCUUGGAGAAGGUACUACUACUAAUAACAACACUGAUGAUUCGUUUCCAUUGGACAUCCCAUUUCUCGACAGCUACUUCAAUGAGUCACUACCAGACAUCUCCAUCUUCGAUCAACCUAUGUCUCCUAUCCAAUCCUCAGAGAACGAUUUCUUCAACGAUCUUGUGCUGUUCGAUAGCAACACCUCAGGAGAAAGCUACUCGUCCGAUAUCAAAGAGAUUGGUUCAAUGUUCAACGAUCUUGACGAUUCUUUGUUAUCCGAUCUUUUACUUGUGUGAUAUUCUUUUCCCCAUAACCAAAAACCCACCGGUUCGGUUGCAAAUAUCGCUCGUGUGAGUCAAAUUUUGUCUGGAGUUUUGAUAAGAUUUUGUUUUUUUCCUUUGUGUUUAGUUAUUUUGUUGAGAAGUAAUUUAAUUUCGUCGUCGGCUUGUAGAACAGUUUUGAGAAAAUAUUGGGGAUGAAUAAGUAAUUAAUUAAAUUUAAAUUUGGUUGUUCUUGUCAA